CGGGGUGUCUCCUGAAGUUGCCUAACUAAAAGUCAGAGCCUCCGUCACAGAGAGUCAAGAACAUAGAGCCUGAGUCACGUAAACUUGCUGUGGCCACGAUAAAGAUAUAUCUCCAGCAAUGGCAGCAGCCCAAGACCCCCAGACGUAAAUCAGAUCCAAACUGGAGAGAGAGGCAGGCACGCAAGAGGGGACGCGGGCACCGCACAGCCCCCCCGAAGCCAUGUACAGGAGCAGCUUCCUCCACGAGGUCCGCAAGAAGUACGAGCGCUCGGACGCCUACGAUGAGCUGCGGGGCUUCCCCGAAUUCGACAGCUUGGCCCAGGCCCAGGGCCUGGAGAACCUGCAGGAGCUCAACGAGCGCUUCGCCAGCUACAUCAACCGGGCUCGCGUGCUGGAGCAGCGCAACGCCAUCCUGCGCAAGCAGCUGGAGACCUUCCAGUGCAUGGACGAGCUGGUGGGCUUGGACGAGGCCUUUGCCGGGCAGAACGAGUUCAACCGCCAGCGAAUGCGGGAGCUGGCGUCCGACCGAGCCAAGCUGGAGCGGGAGGAGAAGGAUGCCCAGCGCAUGCUCGAUGAGUACCGCAACAAGUACAGAAAUGAAGGUGAAUAUCAGCAGAAGCUAAAAGAAACCCUUGAACGACUCAAUAAGGAAGCGGAUGAAGCGCUGCUGUGCAACCUGGAGCUGCAGAUCGAGUCCCAGUUCCUGCAGGAUGACAUCAACGCCACGAAGGACAGAUACAGGAAGAACCUUAUGGAAAUCCAGACCUACGUCAGUAUUUUACAGCAGAUCAUCCAGACAACCCCUCGCGUGUCCCCCAUAACCACUGGUGUAUCUGAGGAAAAACUGAUAGCAGAGAGGAGGAUCCCUGUUCUACAGAGCCAGCUGGAGGAAUACAAGAGCAUCCUCUGCCAGCUACAGGCACAAAAAUACAAGCUGCAGACAGAGACAACCAUGCUGGAGCAAGCGAUUAAAAACACACAGGAGAGUUACGACGACGAAAUUCAGCUUUACAAUGAGCAGAUUGAAAACCUCAGGAAGGGGAUAGAAGAAGCUGAGAGGACCUUGGAGAAGUACACGACCGACUGCCGCCAGCUGGUGAUCUACCAGCAGUCCCUAGAGAACGAGCUGGAACGCUACAAACGCAUCAUCGAGAACGAGGACAGCCGGUUAAACUCUGCUAUAGCAGGAACGCCAGUCACACUCUUCACGCAGAUCUAUAGACCUGUCCAGCCUCAAGCUUCGAGGGGAAGAGAUAUCACCCAGGCUAUGCAAGAGAUUGCCAGUGUAAAGCCCAGACAAAAAGCGCUGACAAAGAAAAUUUUCAGGAAAAAGGAGAUCAUGUCUAAAGACAUAACCGAUGGGCUCUCACCUGAAAAAAUGUAUGGAAGAACUUUGGAAGUUUUUGACCAAGAUCAGAUGGAGUUCAGGCACGAAGGCUCGGUCACAUGUGAACCUGGGCAGGAGGGAUUAAAACUUGUUGAAAAAGAAACAGUCCCAGAGGAUGUACCUGAUGGAGCCCAGAUAAGUAAAGCCUUUGAUAAAUUGUGUAACAUUGUGAGGGAGAAAAUAAGAGUUUACAAGCGACCAGAAGCUAAAACUGAUUCCCAUCCUAAAGGGCGUUACGUGCUGGUAACAGGGGAGGGAGGCUAUGAAGAACCUUGCUUCUUGUCCUCCUCCAUCCCGGCUGGGGGAGGGAUCACAGUUUCUACCAGCAAUGGGAAGGUGACAAUCAGCGGUGAUGUGGAGCCCAUACCAGAGCUGCCCGAACCUACUGAGCCAUCAGAAAAAAGGGAUGUCUGUGAAAGGAGGGAAGAGUUUGAACCCCAAGAUAAACUGAAAGAGGAAGAGAAAGAAGACAUGUUUGAAUGGGACAAAAGAAGAGGAAAAAUCGAGCAAGUCACAAAGUAUCCAGACGUCUCUGAGCCUGAAACAACUCCUUCCCCUGGUCCCAUAAGCCCGACAGAGCCAGGAGUCCUUCGAGAGACGGAGUAUGACCGCGAAGAUAAGCAGGACCUUCUCUUCAGGGAAGCAGGCUUGCCUGGCUCCAUGAGCUAUGAGAAGGUGGAGGUGGUGGAGUCCAUCGAGAAGUUUUCCGAUGACAGAAUUCAGACGUAUGAAGAAACAGCAAUGAUCGUGGAGACAAUGAUAGAGAAGACAAGCAAGAAGAAACCGGGUGACAAAGGCUCUUAA